GUGGCGGGCGGAGGGCCGGGCUCCCCCAUUGCCAGGUGAGGUGCAACGGCUCCGCCUCGCCUGUGGAAGCGCGCAGCAGCGCGGAGCGCGCGCAGGCGGCUCGGCUCGGCGCGGCUCGGCUCGGCGCGCCCCAAGCCCGCUACCCCUCCCGCCGUCGCCCCCCGCUAUGGCGAAGGCGGGCAGGAAGGGAUGCAGCUUCCUGGGCUUCCUGAAGAACAACUGGCUCCUUCUCAGCACGGUGGCCGCCGUGCUGAUGGGUAUUGGAGUCGGUGUCCUGGUACGGGAAUAUGGCAAACUCUCUAACGUGGAUAAAUUCUACUUUUCCUUUCCCGGGGAGGUGUUGAUGAGAAUGCUCAAACUCAUCAUUCUGCCGUUAAUCAUAUCAAGUAUGAUCACAGGUGUUGCUGCUUUGGAUUCCAGUGUUUCUGGGAAGAUUGGUUUGCGAGCAGUCAUGUAUUAUUUCUGCACUACGAUCAUUGCUGUAAUACUAGGGAUUGUCUUAGUUGUGACUAUUAAACCCGGAGUGACUCAAACAGCAAGUGAGAUUGACAGAGUGGGCAGUACCCCAGAUGUCAGUACUGUUGAUGCCAUGCUGGAUCUGAUCAGAAAUAUGUUCCCAGAAAACCUUGUCCAGGCCUGUUUUCAACAGUAUAAAACCAAACGUGAAAAACUUGAAGCUACAACUGGUGUGGAUAAAAAUAGCUCCAUAUUUACAGAAGAAACAGUUACGACUGCUACGACAGAGGCUUCAGAGAACAAAACCCAAGAAUACAAAAUCGUGGGCAUGUAUUCCGAUGGCAUCAAUGUGCUGGGGUUGAUCGUCUUUUGUCUUGUUUUCGGAGUGGUUAUUGGGAAAAUGGGAGAGAAAGGGCAAGUGCUGGUGGAUUUUUUCAAUGCGCUGAACGAAGCUACAAUGAGAAUAGUUCAGAUAAUUAUGUGGUAUAUGCCAAUUGGUAUUGUGUCUCUAAUUGCUGGGAAGAUAAUAGAAGUUGAGGACUGGGAAAUCUUUCAUAAACUGGGUCUUUAUAUGGCUACAGUACUAAGUGGACUUGCAAUCCAUUCCACAAUAAUUCUGCCACUGAUCUACUUAGUAAUAGUAAGGAAGAAUCCUUUUCGGUUUGCCAUGGGGAUGGCUCAGGCACUUCUUACGGCCCUCAUGAUUUCUUCCAGUUCAGCAACCUUGCCUGUCACCUUCCGCUGUGCAGAAGAAAAAAACUUAGUCGACAAAAGAAUUACCAGGUUUGUUCUUCCAGUUGGAGCUACCAUCAAUAUGGACGGCACAGCUCUUUAUGAAGCAGUAGCAGCUGUAUUUAUUGCACAACUGAAUGAAUUAGAACUGGAUAUUGGCCAAAUACUUACCAUUAGUGUCACAGCUACAGCAGCCAGCAUCGGGGCUGCAGGCGUCCCACAAGCCGGACUUGUCACCAUGGUGAUUGUACUGAGCGCUGUUGGCCUGCCCACCGAAGAUGUUACUCUGAUCAUUGCAGUUGACUGGCUUCUGGAUCGAUUCAGAACAAUGGUGAAUGUCUUGGGAGAUGCCUUUGGUACAGGGAUAGUAGAGAAGCUCUCUAAAAAGGAGCUGAAGCAAAUGGAUGUCACCUCUGAAGUCAACAUAGUUAAUCCUUUUGCCUUGGAAACAGCAAUACUUGAUGAAACAGACACCAAGAAAUCAUACAUCAAUGGAGGAUUUGCUAUAGAUAAGUCUGACACCAUAUCCUUCACACAGACAUCUCAGUUCUAAAGCCAGUAGGUUUCAGGUAAAAUAGGAGCACUAAAGGCCAUGGCCAUAUGCAAUAUGUCAAAAAGCUUAAGGAUAAUUGAGAAUGAAUUACAUCUCACAUGCAUUUGAUUUACUACACAGACUCUGAUUCUUACCAGUUCUGCCCCCUUUUCAUCACCUUUCCCAACAAUUUUAACUCAACACUCUUAGGUUUUGCUGAUAGGCUGAAGAAAAAGUUGUAAAAUACUGCUUUUUGUUUGUUGGUUUGGUUUUUUUAAAAAAUAUACACUAUAGCUGAGGCUAUGAAAUGCCUCUUUGGAAUCAGCAUGCUUAUAAUGGGGUAUCUUAGCUGGGACAGCCAAACAUGUUUUACUCAGGAGUAGCACAGCAAUUCACACCUUACCCACAUUACAAAGCAGCUGUAUGAAAUCCCUUUUAACAUCCUUGCCUUCUAAACAGAUUGCACUGUACUUGACAGACACCUACUGUAACUUGACUAUGUGCCAAAAUAGUAAUUUCUGCAGCUGAGAGGAUACCAUUUGGGUGAUUCAGGAAGGAACAGACCAGAAAGGCCUUGUAAUAAGUAUUUUACUGUGAACAGGGUUUCAUUUUUUUUUAUGAAAAAUUGGUCAUGGAAGAAUUUUCAGUGUAGCUAGGUUUCCCCGUGCCUUUCACAUGAAUGCCAGCUGCUGGGAUUGGCCUUCAGACAUGAAAUAAAUUGCUGUGGGUGUGCCCUUCUGGCAUUUGAAGGGUUUUUCUAAAGUGAUACUUCACCGACGUAGGUCUGCUUUGAUGGCCUCCUAGUACAUUUCCACCAGAAGCAGAAAUAAGCCCGUUUACAGUUGUUCACCUUUGAUUCUAACCAAUUACUAAUCAGCCCAAAAGUAGGCAGAAGUUGUGAAGAUGAAAAUAGACUACACAGCAAUGCAUAGUGCAAAUUGUAAACCUUUUCUCCUUGGAAUAAAAACAGAUAUAAAGAAUAUAUGAAGCAUACCAUUUUCUAGAAAGAAGCCACUGUCACUAAGCUUUUUACACAGAGUGGUUGGUUUUUUUGCUCCUUGGUUUAGUCUGCCAGUUGAACAUGCAAGUUUGUAGCUGCAACACUACUACAGUGCCAACAUGCCAGAUAAACUGUAUGUUAUGAAACAUUUCUGGAUGCAAGAAGUCAUGUGUUCAGGUGGCUUGCUAUAGGAAAAGAAGUGCCAAGAACUUCCUCAUAAGAAAUCUCAAUCUAAAACAUUUUAUACAAGAUUUCCAUGGUGCAAAAAUCUCUCUCUCAAGGGAACAAGGGAAGAGUUGCUGUAACAGGUUUUUUUGCCUUCCACCUUGACAUCAUUAGUCAUUUUAUAUGUAAAGUAAACUGAAAUUCAUAUGCGGUUCUUAGUUUGUAAAUAAGCUGGUGGUUAACCUAAAAUUGCACUCAUACGCUAACAAAAUCUCCCUUCAAGUUCCUGCGGUGGUAUUUACUCAAUUCAGUCCUACACUUUUGUAUUUAAAUAAACCAGAAGCGUGCCAAAGAGAACUGAUUAAGAAAAGAAGAAAAUAUUUACUGUAGGUUUUGAUAAAUUGCACCUUAAAUCAAUAAUUCAAUGAGACAUAAUACUGUAUUUAAAUUAAACAUUGUAAACUAUAUGGAAGUGUGAAUCUAAGUAUUGGUAUGUUUACAGAAGAUAAAGAAAAUGUACAGAUUGAGUAAAUCAAUCUUUACCUGUGCAGAAAUAGUAUGAGGCAGUCUUUAUUUGUACAGCUUGGCUUGUGGGAGGAAAAAAACAACCGGUUUCCACAACUAGCCUAUAAUCUAUUCUUUGUCUUUUCCUUGCUUUUUUAAGUCACCCUCUUAUGAUCACCCCAUUAUGUAGCCACCCUGUUAUGAUGUACUGUGAACAGUGUUCCUAACGUGUUCUAAAUAAAUAAUCUCUUUACGCUUCUCA